AUGCAACCUGCUGAAGAGCUGCUGACGAUUAUCAUGGUAACCUCUCCAGUGCCUUCAAACCCGUCUACAGAGAUGCUGGAGCAUGUCCUGUCAUCAUGCGCGACUGCGGGAGGUUUCGAGGCUUGUGCCAAGAUCGUUGUUUCCGACGGCUUCAGAGUGGCGAGGGCAUGCUUGGUGAUGCCAGCGGUUGAUGUCUGUGGGGCAGGCUGGCAGGAUUCCUCCGGCCUCCUGAGCGCCAUGCUCACCUGCCCGCAGCUGAAGUACGUUGGUUUGCCUACGAAGGCGAGCCUGGCACGGACGGACCCGUCACACCUGGCCAGCAAUUGGCAUCUACAGCCGCAGGCCUGGGAGGGAGCUGCGGUCGACUUCAAGCUUCGACCGCUCUGCCUAUGGUAUGACUCCGCACAUAUUUGCCGCUUGGAGCACUACAGGGACUUUGUCUUCCGCAAAGGGCGUGAUUGGAGUGGUGGGUUCCCGGAAGACUCUUUCGGUCAGGACCAUGCGCAGUACCACCAAAUGGUAAAGAGUGCCAAACAGAAGCAUCAAUGUGUGCCAUCGUUGCUUGGUAGAGCUUCCGCUUUUACUCCUUGGGUGGGCGGAAAUGUUUGUGUCGCCAAAAUCAUGUAA